GGUCUGCGGCACGCAGUGACAAGUUGAGUCCACUCAAAGAUAGCCAGUCAUGUAGCUUUAGUUCGUACUCGGUCUUCAAACACAUUCAAUGGCGAAGCGAACGACGGCAUCGUGUCGUAAUUAUAGAAUAUAUAUUUUUUAUUGCUCACAUUACAACGUGUUUUGAGCGGUAGUGUUUUUUAACGCGCGUUCUUUUGGCAUACCAUUUUGGCAGAGCGCGCCCCACUCUGAAAGUGACACCUUGGAUCGUUGACGGAUUGGGGAAAAUGCCUCAUCAAAGUUUGUCAUCGUUAAGAACUCAAACUUUACAAUUAAUAUAUUUAAGCUUUUGCAAAAUUAACUUGGAAUGAAUGAAGAAUGCAUAUCGUUUGGGAAAUAUUUUUGAUUUUUCAAGCAUAUUUCAUCUGUACAUCAGCACAGCUAAUUUCACCAAAGAUUCAUGAUGGUUGGUGGGCGUACAAAGAUGCAGUCCAAGGGAGCUUUGUUCCAGUACCAUCCUUCUGGGGGCUAGUGAAUUCCGCCUGGAACCUGUGUGCCAUGGGAAAGAGGCAGUCGCCGGUCAACGUCGAGACCAGUCACAUGAUCUUUGACCCCUUCCUCACCCCUCUACGUCUCAACACAGGCGGACGCAGCAAGAUGGGAGGCACCAUGUACAACACAGGGCGCCACGUGUCGCUGCGGCCAGACAAGGCUCACCUGGUGAACAUCUCCGGUGGGCCUCUGGGUUACAGUCACCGGCUGGAGGAGAUACGCCUGCACUUCGGUAGCGAGGACGGCCAGGGCUCGGAGCACCUGCUCAAUGGACAGUCCUUCCCUGCAGAGGUGCAACUUAUACACUACAACCAGGAACUCUAUGCCAACUACAGUGAGGCAGCCAAGAGCCCCAAUGGCGUAGCUAUUGUGUCCAUAUUCAUAAAGAUAUCCGAGUCUCCAAAUGUAUUCCUGAAUCGCAUGCUGAACAGAGACACCAUCACGAGAAUAACAUACAAACAUGACGCAUUCUUACUCAUGGGGCUCAACAUAGCAGAUCUAUAUCCAGACACUACACGUUUUAUAACAUACGAGGGCUCCAUGACUAUCCCGCCCUGCUUCGAGACAGCCACCUGGAUCCUCAUGAACAAACCUGUGUACGUCACACAGAUGCAGAUGCAUUCUCUGCGACUGCUGAGUCAGAAUGAGCCAUAUAAGAUAUUCCUCAGUAUGAGUGACAACACGCGGCCCGCCCAGCCUCUCCUACAGCGCUGUAUCCGCACCAACAUCAACUUCAGCAAGCAGGGCCGAGACUGCCCCAACAACCGUGCCCUGAGGCCCCAGUAUCGAGUAAACCAGUGGCUUCUGAAGUAGGAAAAAUAUGAACAUGCUGUACAAUACAACAGGAUAAAAACGAAAUAUGCGAUCCUGAUUCUCAAGACUUUAUUUGAAUGUGGAAAUAAUACAUUAUCAGCAGAGAGGCUGUUUUUUGAAUAUGUUUGAGAUUGCAAAGUAAGACAAGGAAAGAUUGAAAAGUGUAACUUCUAAGGCUGCACAACUGUAAUUCUUCUACAGAGCUUAUGGAAAUGGGCUGAAUGGAAAUUCAGCAGGCUCCGCCAUUUACUGACCUCUGCAGUGGAGAUAACGAGGACCUCUUUUAUGACAUCAUCAUCAUCAGAUUCACUUGAGUACCCAAAGAUCUCAAAGGACCAACACUUCUUGAAAUUAGCUAAAUGUAAUCACAGAUACAACCAUAAUGUGUUUUGAUACCAAAAGCAUUCCAUCAGAUCUAACAUCAAGCUAGGAAUCUGAAUAUGAUGGGUGCUCUUCUGGUGAUGAAAGCUUCUACAUAACCAUGUCACAAGCAAAAGGUGUACUGAAUAAAUGUUACAAAUGCAGAAACAUUUCCUGACCAUGUGACCUAACCAGGAAAAAUCUGGGCCCCAGUAAAACACCAGGGCAAGAGAUUUUCCUGAUCAGGCCACAUAGUCAGGAAACACUCCUAGCCAUAGACUUGGGAAAUCCAGUAUUUUAUACUGUAUUUGCUAAACUUUUCUAGCCAUUUUGGGCCAUUUGCCUUUUCUCUGUUUAAUUGUUUACAAUUUCAUUCUGUUUAUUUCAAUGAUAGCAGCCCAAUUAACAUGUUUCAGAGAAUUAUGUAAGAUAAAAUAACACUUUACAUAAGGCCUAUAUAGUAUAUGCUGUUUAAGAAUUGUAUAUUGUCUAGCACUGAAUAGAGCAUGGGACGUGAUUUGUCUGCAAAUUCUUUAAGCAGUCACAAGGCAUUCCUUAUCAAUUAUUUAUCCUCAUUUUCAAUUCUGCGCUGUGUAUGGCGUUACAGGCAAUGUGGGUUUGUGUGUGUGUGUGUGUGCGCACAUGUGUACAUGACUGUCUGUGUGCGCUCUCUCCUGAGCAUUGUAUUUCUCAUUAAAUAGGAUAAAUCUC